AUGACCCCUGCUUUCUUCUUGGCCAUCCUGUGCUUGCUAGUGGCUUCAGGUGUCCUAGCACUUGAUCCCAGUUUGGAUGCUGAAUGGGAAGAAUGGAAGGAAACAUAUGAAAAAUCAUACAGCAAGGAGAAUGAAGAACUAAGGAGAUCAGUGUGGGAAAAAAACAUGAAAAUGAUCAAACAUCACAAUGAGGAAAAUAGCCUGGGUAAGAAUGGCUUCAUCAUGGAAAUAAACGAGUUUGGUGACAUGACUGUUGAAGAAUUCAGGAAAACGAUGAAUUAUAUUCCAGUCCGGACUCACACGGAGGGAAAAAGCAUCAGGAAGCGUGAAGCUGGUGGUGUUUUACCCAAAUCUGUAAAUUGGAGAAAGAAAGGCUAUGUGACUUCUGUGAAGAAACAGGCUUAUUGUAAUUCUUGUUGGGCUUUUGCCGUGAAUGGUGCCAUAGAAGGACAGAUGUUCAAAAAAACUGGCAACCUCACCCGCCUGAGUGUUCAGAACCUAGUGGACUGUUCUAAACCUCAUGGCAAUAAUGGCUGUGACUGGGGUGAUCCAUACAUUGCCUAUGAGUAUGUUUUGCACAAUGGAGGUGUGGAAGCUGAGGCAACCUAUCCAUAUGAAGGAAAAGAAGGACCAUGCAGGUAUAAUCCAAAGUAUUCUGCUGCUAACAUCACAGGAUUUGUGUCUCUCCCAAAAAGUGAGGAAAGUCUAAUGGCUGCUGUAGCAACCAUUGGACCCAUCUCUGCUGGAAUUGAUAUUGCCUCUGAUUUUUUCAUGUUCUACAAAAAAGGUAUUUUUUAUGACCCAAAAUGCCACAAUGAUACGGUGAAUCACGUAGUUCUGGUGGUUGGUUACGGAUUUGAGGGAAAUGAAACUGAUGGCAAUAACUACUGGCUGGUCAAAAACAGCUAUGGUAAAAAAUGGGGCUUGCGGGGAUACAUGAAGAUUGCCAAAGACCAGAACAACCACUGUGCAAUUGCUUCAUAUGCUCACUAUCCUAUUGUGUGA